AUGGUUGAAGAACAGGGGACAGUUAGCUUCAAAAGGGAAGACUUUAAGGAAGCCAAAAAAGUGCUUUCUCCUGCUCAAGAUAGCCACAUGAACAUGGAUCUUCCCCCAGUGUCAGAGCAGAUCAUGCAGACUCUGAGCGAACUUGCCAAAUCGUUCCAGGACAUGGCCGACCGCUGCUUGCUGGUCUUACAUCUGGAAGUGAGGGUUCACUGCUUCCACUAUCUCAUUCCUCUUGCAAAGGAGGGGAACUAUGCCAUUGUUGCUAAUGUGGAAAGUAUGGACUAUGACCCUCUGGUGGUCAAGCUCAACAAAGAUAUCAGCGCCAUUGAAGAGGCCAUGAGCGCCAGCCUUCAGCAGCACAAGUUCCAGUAUAUCUUUGAAGGCCUGGGCCACCUCAUCUCCUGCAUCCUCAUUAACAGUGCCCAGUACUUCAGGCGCAUCAGUGAGUCCGGCAUCAAGAAAAUGUGUCGGAACAUUUUUGUUCUUCAGCAGAAUUUGACCAACAUCACCAUGUCGCGGGAGGCAGACCUGGACUUUGCAAGGCAGUACUACGAGAUGUUGUACAACACGGCCGACGAGCUCCUGAACCUGGUGGUGGACCAGGGCGUGAAGUACACGGAGCUGGAGUACAUCCACGCCCUGACCCUGCUGCACCGCAGCCAGACUGGGGUGGGAGACCAGACCACCCAGAACAUGAGGCUGCAGCGGCUCAAGGAGAUCAUCUGCGAGCAGGCCGCCAUCAAACAAGCCACCAAGGACAAGAAAAUAACUACCGUCUAAUGGGUGUGCUGCGGUGGGGGAGGGGGCGGGGGGGUGUUGUUUUCUUGGUCAUAUUAGCCUCUUUCUUUGG